AGUAACCUUCAUUGGUAGAACCCGCUAUUAAAUCAGUUGUUGGAGAAAAUGAAAACAGUGGUGUAUUUUGUGACCCUAGUUCUUGGAUGUUAUGGACAAGGAUUCAGCGGUUACAACUAUCCCAAACCGAGCUGCCAGCUUCAACUUCCGGUUACAUACACCGAAACUCAAGUUCAAACGCAGACGCAAUACUUUACGAAUAGUGUCACCGUACCGGUUUACAUAACGUCAACAGUUGUCACGGAAAGGCUGGUAACAAACUACGCAACCGUUGUAUCUUCAGUGCCUCAAUAUUUUACCGAAACCAGUACCGUCUAUAUCACGCCUAGUCCUGUGGUCAUGUAUCAAACUGUCGUAUCUACCGCAUCUGUUUGUGCUGAUGUAGCCGUUGAUAAUCAGAGUAGCAAGCAAGAAGAGGCCAACACUUACUUACCACCGGUAGAACAAGGUGCCAGCUCCGUUGUCGAUGAUUUCAAGCAAACUGUGUCCAACCCUUAUUUGCCACCUACCGGCAGUGGAACGUCAGGUAACGUUGUAAAACUCAGCCUGGGUGACGCCGGCGUUGCUUCCUAUCAGCGAAGUAUCUUCCAGGCGAAUCCAUUUGACAGCCGCCGAUCGCGAUUUGUGUUACCUCUUGGUGCGUUACCACCAAAUGUUUGACAGGUGUUGGCAUACGCCGCGAUGCACCAGAUUGUGUUAGUUAAGUGCGUUACCAUGGGAUUUUUAUGGUUUGAGCUGCAUGUUUUAUAGUAGCCAUUUAGAAGAAGGAAAAACAUCAA